AUGUCUGAACAACCCGCAGGAGUCGUCUUUGACCCGGAGACCAAAGUGGAGGCGUCACAUUAUAGCAUUGAGCACCAUGAGGAGGCUCUCAGCAGUAAUAAAGAGUCCCAGAUCUUCGAAGAAGAGAUCGAGCCCAGCGUGGGUCAUCGGCUGGAGAAGCGAAUCAAACGUAAAUUGGAUCUGCGCCUCCUCCCAAUUUUGAGUGCAAUCUACACGAUGGCGCUGGUCGACAGGACAAAUUUGGGAGGUGCUAGAAUUGCAGGUAUGGACGAGGCCACGGGCCUAGAUGUUGGAAAUCGCGCAUCGGUCACAAUUCUCGUGUUUUACAUCGGAUACAUCGUCUUCGAGAUCCCGAGUAAUAUGGUGUUGAAGAAGGUCGGUCCGGCAAUCUGGAUCUCUGCUCUUGCGGCUGCAUGGGGAUUGGUUACCCUAGGCAUUGGCUUCAGUAAGAAUUAUCAGACGGUAGCAGUGUGCCGCGUCCUUCUUGGGAUCUUCGAGGCUGGGAUGUUCCCAGGGUGUCUUUAUCUAAUGGCAUCUUGGUAUCAGAAAUUCGAAUUACAAAAGAGAGUUGCCAUCUUCUUCAUGACCGGGUCCUUUCUGUCAUCUUUUGCCAAUAUAUUGUGUCUGGGGUUGACGAGAAUUGCCAAUAACCCAGAGAAAGAUGGCUGGAAGUACAUCUUCAUUGUACAGGGCGCCAUGACCAUCGCUAUAGCCGCCAUAGGAUGGUUCGCCAUCGUGGACUUCCCCGACAGCGAAAUUCGCAAGGUCAAGUUCCUCUCAGCUGACGAGGCGGAGAUGAUCAAGCUGCGUCUGAUCCGAGAGCGUGGCUCUUCUGAGGGAGAACGAGUGAGCUGGGAUACCAUCAGAGCCGUAAGCCUUGACUGGCGGGUAUGGUCUCUAUCUUUCGUCUACAUGGCAGGCGCUGCGGGAGUGUAUGGGCUUUUGUUGUUUCUACCAAUUGUUCUUCGACGGGGGCUUGGAUACUCUCAAACCGCGUCCUACCUCCUCGCUGCACCUCCAGCCGCCGCAGCAGUGAUAUUCACCUUUGUCGUGAGCGUUCUCUCUGACAAGUAUCACGUUCGGGGUCCGUUUGUUCUCUUGGAAGGCUCGCUGGCAAUCAUAGGUCUAUGCAUGAUUGGAUUUUUGGACAGUCCCACGCCGAGAUACAUAGGAUCCUUCUUCGGGUCGUGCGGAUCAAACGCCUUGAUUGUCACGGCAGCAUCCUGGCAACAGAACAACAUCAGAGGCGACGCGAAACGAUCGGUCCUGGCAGCCUUUCAGGUCAUGUCUGCGGGCGUCGGCGGGAUCUAUUCGGCACUGGUAUUCAGGCAACAGGAUUCACCAAACUUCGUUCCCGGGCUUGUGGCAUGUUGUGCUCUUGUUGCAUGGUCGAUGGUGCUCACCGUGGUCACUAUUCCGUUCCUUGUCCACGCAAAUCGACAGGCUGAUCGAGGUAAGAGGGUUAUUGAAGGGAGCAGGGUGUUCCGAUAUGUGUGGUGA